AAAACUUAACGAUUUUUUUUAUUAUAGACAUCAUGCCGGCUCUAGAUUUACAGAUGAUUGAUACCCUUGGACGGGCACUUCACCCAGCUUCUGAUCUUAUGUCAGAGACAGAGGUUUGCCCCUGGACCCUGUUCCUGACUAUGUCCCUGACCCUGUUGAAGGGAUUGAUGCCCCAUAUCCCCGCGAUGCUCCCCCUGCUUGUCUCCGACCCUGAGAUGAGAGAGAGGGCUGAGGAGACCUUCUUAUCCCCUGAGUUCCAGGAGAACAUUGAGGAAUACUUCGUCAAUAAUAUUAAGACUGAUAUCCAGGCCCCACUCAACCGUCAAAUUAUCCAAAGCUCUGAGACCGUGAUGUAUGUUGUAAAGCUCGCCAACAACUUCCUUGACUACUUCAUGGGCGCCAAAGACGGAAUCGGCAACGACGCCGGCAAGACUGACGAGAUGCCUAGAAGCGGCGGAUAUCAGAUCGCCGGGAUGGAUCUCCUACAAAUGGUUGAUUUCGCGAAAACGAUGUACAACCUUGGGAAGUAGGCGUGUCAUCUUAAAUUCAAGAUGAGACGAUACAACUAAUACCAAGUUCUCCAUCCUGGGGAAGCCCAAAACGGCCUAGAUCCCCCAUCCUGGGGGAUUUGAUACUUGAACCCCUGCGAGAACGACCAUCCCCUUGUCUGCCGCCUGCUGCUCAAGCUCUGCCGAGUAAUAUUCGAAUCUCUUCAACCACAAAAUUACGAAGAAGACUGCCUGACUGCCUGACGAAGCUCUAAAUCUGUUUUCAUGUUUUUCACUUUUCCAACCUUUAGUCUAGGUACAGGAAACGUUCCUAGAUCCAUACUGGGUACAGGAAACGAACCUAUUUAGCAACAGGAAACAUUCCCGAAAUAUAAUUAGGAACAGGAAACCUUCUUGUUACCUUAUCGGGAACUUAAAACAUUCCUAGAACUGUAUUAGAUACAGGGAACAUUCCCAGGACCUAUUUAGCAACAGGAAACGUUCCCGAACCUAAUAAGCAACAGAAAACGUUCCCGAACUUGAUUAGGAACAGGAGACGUUUCUGUUACCUUAUUGGAAGCUGGAAACAUUUCCGGAGCCUAAUUGGCAACAGAAAACGUUCCCAAACCUAAUUAACAUCAUGGGACUCUAAAUAGGAACAGGAUACGUUUCUGUUACCUUGUUAGAAACUUGAAACAUUCCUAGAAUCCAAUUGGGAAUGAUUAUAACGUUCCCGAACCUAGUAAAGAUUUUGGAACAGAAGAAUAGGUAAUUAUUCUUCUUAUUCACUAAUUUUAUUAAAGUCUCAGGUCAUAAAGUAAAUAUCAAUCUGAUGUACGAGUUGUUUUAUUUUGAUGUGUUUUAUUAUUUCUAAAUUAUUUAUCAUGUAAAAUAUAACAUAAUCCCUUCUAAA